GGGCGUCACGCAUGACCCGUUCGCUCUGCCCUCACCUCCCAUAAGCCCCGCCCCAGAGUCCUGCUCGGGGUCCUCCGUUCGCGGCGCUAGGCGACCUUGAGCUUACCCGCGCCACCGCUGGCCUUGGGGCACUGUGUUGGUCGGCGGAGUAGGCGGCCAUGGGGAGCCUCCGCGGCCUGCGCCUGGCGGCUGGAAGUUAUUUUAGGUUCUGUGAAAGAGAUGCUUUCUCAUCUUUAAGGCUUACCAGAAACUCUGAUUUGAAGAGAAUAAAUGGAUUUUGCAACAAACCCCAGGAAAGUCCAAAGCCUCCAACCCACACUUAUGGCCACAGAGUGCCAUUGCAUAAGCCUACGGAUUGGGAGAAGAAGAUCCUAAUAUGGUCAGGUCGCUUCAAAAAGGAAGAUGAAAUCCCAGAGACUGUCUCGUUUGAGAUGCUCGAUGCUGCAAAGAACAAGGUCCGGGUGAAGAUCAGCUAUGUAAUGAUUGCCUUGACGGUGGCAGGAUGCGUCUUGAUGGUUAUUGAGGGCAAGAAGGCUGCCAAAGAAACGAGUCUUUUAACAAGCCUUAAACUAGAAAGAAAGCUCGUCUGAGAGAAGAAGCUGCUGUGGAAGGCCAAAACAGAGUAGCAGAGAUAUCCAUGUUGGCUGGAUUUUGAAAAUCUAGAAACAAUGUUGCAGUAACAGGCCUUAUUAAAAUGAAUGUGGUAUGAAGUUCCCUAAUUCUGCUCUAGAGCUACAAAUAAAUUUUCUUAAAGAAAUGA